AUGGCUACUUUAUCAGCUUGGCCUUGGGGAAACUAUGGAAAUCUAAAGUAUCUUCUAUACGCUCCGUUAGCUGCACAAGUAGUGUAUUCGUUAGCAUACGAAGAAGAUUACUCGAGGGCUUUUUGGUGUCUCAAUGUCCUCAUUAUCUGUGGACUCAAAGGACUCGUUCAUGUCCUUUGGAGCACGUACAACAACAUGCUUUUCUUGACUCGCACACUUAGGAUUAACCCUAAAGGUGUUGACUUCAAACAGAUUGAUCACGAAUGGGACUGGGACAAUUACAUACUUCUUCAAGCAAUACUAGCUAGCAUGAUCUGUUACAUGUCUACACCAUCGAUGCUGAUUAUCAGUACUAUUCCUCUGUGGAACAUGAAAGGACUCAUUGUAUCGCUUGUGCUACACGUUACCUUCUCAGAGCCUUUAUACUAUUUUCUUCAUAGAUAUGUUCAUCGUAACAACUACCUCUUCACGCGUUACCACUCUUUCCACCACUCAUCUCCUGUUCCAAAUCCCAUGACUGCUAAUAAUGCGACGUUGUUGGAAAGCCUUAUCCUCUGUGUGGUAGCUGGAGUUCCUUUGAUUGGAUCUUUCUUGUUAGGUGUUGGAUCAAUAAGCUUGAUCUACGGAUACGCUAUCACGUUUGACUUCCUAAGAUGUUUAGGACAUUGUAACGUUGCGAUCUUCUCUCACAAGGUGUUCGAGACUCUUCCAAUCCUACGAUAUCUCAUCUACACUCCAACGUACCACAGUCUGCAUCAUCAAAACAUGGAGACCAACUUUUGUCUGUUCAUGCCUAUCUUUGAUGUUUUAGGCAGCACACUAAACCCAAACUCGUGGGAACUCCAGAGAAAAAUUCGUAUAGCUGCAGGGGAACCGAAGAGAGAGCCAGAGUUUGUGUUCUUGGCUCAUGGGGUAGACGUUAUGUCAGCGAUGCACGCGCCGUUCCUGUUUAGAUCGUUUGCUUCAAUGCCAUACACGACCAGGUUCUUCUUGCUGCUGAUGUGGCCAGGGACGUUCAUGGUAAUGUUGGUCGCGUGGCUUUGGUCAAAGGCAUUUCUUUGCAGCUUCUAUACCCUCAGGAACCAUCUUUGCCAGACUUGGCUCGUUCCAAGACUUGGCUUCCACUACUUCUUACCGUUUGCUAAACAAGGCAUUAAUAAUCUUAUCGAAGAUGCGAUUCUGAGAGCUGAUAAGCUUGGUGUUAAAGUUAUAAGCUUGGCUGCACUCAACAAGAACGAAGCUUUAAAUGGUGGUGGAACGUUGUUUGUUAACAAGCACCCUGACCUUAGGGUUCGUGUGGUCCACGGCAACACUUUAACCGCAGCAGUGAUUCUCAAUGAAAUUCCGAAAGAUGUGAAAGAGGUGUUCUUGACAGGAGCCACUUUUAAGUUAGGACGAGCCAUCGCUCUUUACCUCUGUCGUCGGGGAGUGAGAGUUCUCAUGUUGACGUUAUCGACGGAGAGGUUCCAAAAGAUUCAGAAAGAAGCUCCUGCUGAGUUCCAGAACUACCUCGUACAAGUGACCAAGUAUAACGCUGCUCAACACUGCAAGUCUUGGAUCGUUGGGAAAUGGUUGACGCCGAGGGAGCAGAGCUGGGCUCCUGAAGGAACGCAUUUCCACCAGUUUGUGGUGCCACCAAUCCUAAACUUUAGAAGGAAAUGUACGUAUGGUGAUCUAGCAGCAAUGAGGCUCCCUAAAGAUGUUCAAGGUGUCGGAACCUGCGAGUACACGAUGGAGAGAGGGGUGGUCCAUGCGUGCCAUGCUGGAGGAUUGGUUCAUAUGUUGGAAGGUUGGGAACAUCAUGAAGUUGGAGCGAUUGAUGUUGACCGUAUUGAUAUUGUGUGGGAAGCAGCCAUGAGAAACGGCCUUAGCUCUGUUUCUUCACUCAGUGAGUGAGUGUGAGAGACCCUCAUGAUUGUUGUCUCAGAUUCUUCUAAGAUUGGCCAUUCUUUGUACAGAUGAAGGAUGCAAGCAGGGAAAAAAGUAUUAGAAUUUCACCUUAAGUUAUUGUUUCACCUUUGAUUAAAGAUACCUAAUUUGCAUUAGCAUAUGAAUGUUGUACUAAACAGAGUAAAAUUAAUUAUCACUGCAUACAGUUAGCAUUUAUUUGCUGUAAGAAUUUUAGUUUCA